GCUUUGCCGGCGCGUGGGGAAGGUGGCUGGGUGACGUGUCUGAGGAAGCCGGAAGUGGCGGCGCAGGAGGCGCUCUUCGUCCGCUGAGAGGCCAGGGCGCUCGCUUCGGCUCCCGUCCUUCCCGGUCCCGCCAGUCCUUCCCUUCGCCAUGGGUCUCGCGCAGCUCCUGCUCGCCGUCGCGCUUCUGGCGGCCGCUCUGCCCUCCGCCCGGAGCUUCUACCUCCCGGGACUGGCGCCCGUCAACUUCUGUGAGGAGGAGCCGGCGAAGUAUGACUGCAAGUCUGCAAUAGAACUGUUUGUAAAUAGACUCGACUCAGUAGAAUCCGUCCUUCCAUAUGAAUAUACUGCGUUUGAUUUUUGCCAAGCGCCUGGUGAGAAACGUCCAUCUGAAAAUCUUGGUCAGGUGUUGUUUGGAGAGAGGAUUGAGCCAUCACCAUACAAGUUUGUGUUUAAGAAAAAAGAGGUAUGCAAGAGUGUCUGUAAAAAAGUAUAUAAUCUAAAGAAUUCAGGAGACGUACAAAAACUAGAUUUUCUGAAAAAGAGUAUGCUACUGAACUAUCAGCAUCACUGGAUUGUGGAUAAUAUGCCUGUAACAUGGUGCUACGAGGUAGAAGAUAACCAAAGAUUCUGCAAUCCUGGAUUUCCUAUUGGUUGUUAUAUAACAAAAGAUGGUCAUGCCAAAGAUGCCUGCGUUAUCAAUUUAGAGUUUCAUGAGCAUAAUACCUUUUAUAUAUUCAACCACGUGGACAUCAAAAUAAUCUAUCAUCAUGUAGAAAAUGAAGCAUCCAGAGCACGACUAGUAGCUGCUAAACUUGAACCAAAAAGUUUUAAGCACACAAAUGUUGACAAUCCAGACUGUUCAGGACCACCUAUGGGUUUAAGUAAUGAAGUUUCUACUGGAGAGGUCAAAAUUGCCUAUACAUAUUCAGUUUCUUUUGAGGAAAAUAAGGAUAUCAGAUGGGCAUCCAGAUGGGAUUACAUUUUAGAAUCCAUGCCACACACACAUAUACAAUGGUUUAGUAUUAUGAAUUCUCUGGUGAUUGUCCUUUUCCUCUCUGGAAUGGUAGCUAUGAUUAUGCUAAGAACUCUGCAUAAAGACAUUGCAAGAUAUAAUCAGAUGGACUCUACUGAAGAUGCUCAGGAGGAAUUUGGCUGGAAACUGGUUCAUGGUGACAUAUUUAGGCCGCCAAGGAAAGGAAUGCUGCUUUCUGUAUUUUUAGGCUCUGGGACGCAGAUUUUAAUCAUGACUUUUGUUACUCUGUUCUUUGCUUGCCUGGGAUUUCUGUCACCUGCAAAUCGGGGGGCGCUAAUGACGUGCGCCGUGGUCUUGUGGGUGCUGCUUGGAACUCCAGCAGGUUAUGUUGCUGCCAGGUUCUACAAAUCAUUUGGGGGUGAGAAAUGGAAGACAAAUGUUCUCCUGACAGCUUUCCUUUGUCCUGGCAUUGUGUUUGCAGAUUUCUUUAUCAUGAACCUGAUUCUUUGGGGAGAAGGUUCUUCAGCAGCCAUUCCGUUUGGCACCUUGGUUGCUGUUUUGGCACUCUGGUUUUGCAUAUCUGUACCAUUGACAUUCAUUGGGGCCUACUUUGGUUUUAAGAAGAAUGCAAUAGAACAUCCAGUUCGUACUAAUCAAAUUCCCCGUCAGAUUCCUGAACAGUCAUUUUACACAAAACCAUUGCCUGGCAUCAUCAUGGGAGGCAUUCUACCUUUUGGAUGCAUCUUUAUACAACUUUUCUUUAUUCUUAAUAGCAUAUGGUCUCAUCAGAUGUAUUACAUGUUUGGCUUCCUGUUUCUGGUGUUCAUUAUUCUCGUUAUCACAUGUUCUGAAGCUACUAUUCUACUUUGCUAUUUCCACUUAUGUGCGGAGGACUACCAUUGGCAGUGGCGCUCAUUCCUCACUAGUGGCUUUACUGCUGUUUAUUUUCUAAUAUAUGCAGUACACUAUUUUUUUUCCAAACUUCAAAUUACGGGUACAGCAAGCACCAUUUUAUACUUCGGCUACACCAUGAUAAUGGUAUUGAUCUUCUUCCUUUUUACAGGAACAAUUGGAUUCUUCGCAUGCUUUUGGUUUGUGACCAAAAUAUACAGUGUGGUAAAAGUUGACUGAAGAAAAUAUCAAUCUAAUUCAAAGACAUACUCUUGGAGAAGAAUUUAAGCUUUAUCUGAAAUGUUGGCUUCUAUGUUUUGCAAAUGAUAUUGAAUAUACACUUUUCCUCUACUUAAGCAUUUGUAUUGUGACUUUGCAAUCUGUUUUCACCUGGGUGUUCUUAAUGAAGAUUGAAGUUAAAUAUUGUAUGCAUUUAUAAAUAUUACUACACUAGAACUUUUAAAUUCUAGAGACAGGCUAGAAGUGAUGGUUGGAGAAUUUAAUGAUACUUAAACUAUGGUUGUAAAUAUAGUUUUCUAGGCUUGUAGGGUAGGGUUUAUUUUUCUGAAAAGGAAAUAACUACUUUAUAUCAUGAUUUUGAAGGAUGCUUCAGUGUGUCAUUUUUAAUUUGGUUUUUAUAUAUAUAUAUAUAUACUGGAGUAAUGGCCAUAAAUCCUUCUCCUUUUUUCUGUGAUUUCAUUAGAUUCCAGUGUUGUUGGCCUUUUAAACAAUGUGCCUCUUUCAUCUUGGGAUCUGUACAUUCAUAAUUGUAAUAAAUACUGUAUACAUUUUCAGUCGAUAAUUACACAUUAUAAAUAAGUCAGAAUCCUGUAAAUACAAAUAUAUUGAUGAGAUGUUUUAAAAAUAUGUAGAUUAUUUUAUUGUGUGUGAAAUUCUUGGUUGAUUUUAACUUCUGUUAAUCUGUUUCAUAUUACAUAAAAAUAGUAAUCCUGUCCUGCAUUAGAAUGAAACUUCAUAACUGGACUGCAGUGUCAGUUCUAUUCUACCAGUGCAACUAGAGAUUAAGAAAUUGGAUAAUAUGUUGAGAAGAUCUGCAUACAUAGAAGUAAAAUGUACUACCAAGUAUGUUUACAACAGAUUUUAAUGAUGCAUAUUAUGCAGAAUUGAUUAUUGUUUUGUCAUUUGACAUACACAAGAGCAGAGUUACUGUUUACCUCACAUUAACAGACAUAGUUCAAGUUCCUGUUUGUAGAACAGAAAUUAAUCCAUGUGCAUCUUCGAAAACUGCAAUGGAAAUACACUGAUCAUCUUGAGUUGUUUAGUUUUGUCAUGUUCGCCUGUUGUAAUGUCUGCAUGUUUCCUAAGAGAGCACACAUGCUACCAUGUUAUUGCACGUUUUUGGUUCAUAAAUUAGUUUGAGAGAGAAAAGUUUUUUCUAAUAUGCUCUUUCUAAAGAUCAUAAACUAAUGAUGCUUGAAUAUUAAAAUUCAAUAAAAGUAUCUUUUGUUAA